AUGUUCACAAAAGUUACAAAGAGAGAGAGAGACAAUUUGGUGAACCAAGUGCGACAAUUGAAAGCGUGCAGGGGUAUAGAGAAGAAGAUAGAUGGAGUGAAUGACAAGGUAGUUGGACAACAAUCCGAGAUAGAUGGAUUGAACGAAAAGAUAGAAGACCAGCAACGCGAGAUAGAAGAACAGAAAGGAGUGAUCAACAACCUCAAGGAGACCUAUUCGUUACUUGAUGAGAAAUGUGGAAAAUAUGAAAAAGAGAUUGAACAAUUAAAAACAAUAAUACAACAGUUGAAAGCUCAAAUCAACAUCAAAGACAACAAUGACUCUUUAGUAUUAGGAGAACUCGCUUUCCAAGUCGAAAGCACAGUAUACAGAUCAUUCAAAUUCACAAAGAAUUUCAGACCCAAGUUUACCCAUAUGAAAGAAGAUAUGGCCAAAGAAUGGAGUUCACUAGUUUCUAAAUACCCAUUCUUCAAUGACCCUGCAUUGGUGAGAACUAUCAAGAGACUGAAAGAAUUAAGAUUAGUAUUGGCGCACCCAUCUUCAGAUCAAUUUAGUUCUAUAACACAUGAACAAUUAUGUAUUCUUGUUGAUGAAAUAUACCCAACAUCAUUACCACGCUUCAAAGAAACAAAUAACUACUGCAAGUUAUUAUUAGAUUUCCUCCAAAAAGAAAAUGGUGGCCAAUUUUUCAAGUCUUAUUGCAAUAAUUAG